AUGGCGUCUACAGAUACGACGAGCGCAACAGCUGCUACAAUUCAACUGAACUCAAUAGAAGAAUGCCUAGUGAUUAUUCUAAUAGCAUUGCUAUCAAUGAUUUUGGUCACUUUAUUCAUCAUACUGUACAAAAAGAGGAGAUAUUUCUUGAAAGAAAAAGACACACAUGUAUGGCAUGAUUUUGUAAUGCUCGACAGUCCGGAACACAUGUUUGCAUUGAAGAAUAGUGAAAGUUUGUCGUUCGAUCAAUCAAGAAAUCAACAGCAGCAACAGACAUUGUUACAUAAGCAACGCAUCAUAUCAAACACAAGCUCUAAUGUCACAAGAGUUGAUCAAGAAAUGAUAGAGAAGGACAGCUUGGAUUAUGAGAAAACGCACCCAAAAUCGCCUCCACCUGUUUACCACGUCUAA